CGCAGUGUUGCAGUCACUUCGAGUCGCUACCGUGGCGUAUUCUGUCAUUGGUUUAGUCGGUACAGUUCGUUUUCCUGUGAUAUUUUACUGUGAAAUUCGCAAUUUGCAGGGUUUUUAAAAGAAUCGUUAAGUUUUUAACAAAAAUGUCGACGUCAGGAGACUUUGGUAAUCCCUUGCGAAAAUUUAAACUAGUUUUCUUAGGAGAACAAAGUGUUGGCAAAACGUCGCUAAUAACAAGGUUUAUGUACGACAGCUUCGAUAACACCUACCAGGCGACUAUAGGAAUUGAUUUCUUAUCAAAAACAAUGUACCUCGAGGACAGGACCGUACGGUUGCAGUUGUGGGACACAGCCGGCCAGGAGCGAUUUAGGUCGUUAAUACCCUCGUACAUUCGUGAUUCGACCGUUGCUGUCGUAGUUUAUGACAUAACAAAUGCCAACUCCUUUCAUCAAACUUCUAAAUGGAUCGACGACGUGCGGACGGAGCGAGGCAGCGACGUUAUUAUAAUGCUCGUCGGCAAUAAAACAGACCUUUCUGACAAAAGGCAGGUCAGCACGGAGGAAGGCGAGCGGAAGGCGAAGGAGCUGAACGUCAUGUUUAUUGAAACUAGUGCGAAAGCUGGAUAUAAUGUUAAACAGUUGUUUAGACGUGUGGCCGCCGCGCUGCCGGGGAUGGACUCGACGGAAAACAAACCACCAGAAGACAUGCAAGAGGUCGUGUUAAAAGACACACCGAACGAAGUUAAAGACCCAGACGGAGGCUGUGCAUGCUAAACAACUUUUUUACUUAUCAAUAUUUGUGUAGACCUUACAAAUAUGACAAAUUCUGGAGCGACUGACCAUAAGUUGUACAUAUUGUCGAAUCGGGGUUUGUCCUCUUAAUUAAAGUAUUGCCUUAAUUGCUUAGAAACUAUCGUAAUAUUAUUUAUGUGUAAAAUAUAAUUGGUUUAGAUAUUCUUCGUUACAUUUAUCGAUCAGUUUUAUUCAGUUGAUACAACGUUUACUAAUAUGGUGCUUAUUUACAAACUAAUCGAGAAGGACGCCGUUUAUUUGGCUCAAUUAUCGGACAUUCAUGAAACAUAUCACAUAGUUUAAGCCAUUGAUAAUCGGUUCAAAUAAAUGUUGACUGUCGCCGUGCCUGAGCAAAUCAAACCAACUCAUCGGUUUAUGUGUCGACCUGCAAUAUGAUAUCCACGAUAUUAUGUAAGCUCAAUUUGUGAUGACGAAAUUAGUGUUAGCACAUUCCUUCAAACUGCGGAUAAAUCAUUUUAGUGUCAUAACGCACAAUGAGAUUGGCCCAGCUUUAAUCCAUUACAGAGAACAGCUUGCAUGUUAGUCCGCUGCUUGCUAAUUAGUUCCUUCUGUACAUAUUGACCCAGCAAUAUUGGAUGUUUAUACUUUUUUUAAUAUAGUAAAACGGUGUGUAAUCUUAAUUGCAUUCUCAAUCCAGGGGCUAGUCGCAGACGAGCUCCAAAUGGGUACAAAGCGGUGCGAUUAGUUUUAGGUUUAUUGUAGUAAUUUAUUGACAAGCAUUUAAUAAAGUUUUUCGUAAU